CCUUAGGUUUCUCCAUCUCCUUCAUGGCGGAAAAACCUGAAAAUUCAGACAUUCAACUUCCUCCUGGAUUUAGAUUCAACCCAUCUGAUGAGGAGCUCAUCGAACACUACUUGAGAAACAAAGUUAUUUCAAAGCCGCUCCCUGCUUCUAUCAUCGCAGAAAUAAACCUCUACAAGUUUAACCCAUGGGAGCUUCCAAAGAAGGCUUUGUUUGGAGAGGAUGAAUGGUAUUUCUUUACGCCAAGGGAAAGGAAGUAUCCGAACGGGGUGAGGCCAAACAGAGCAGCAGGCUCAGGUUAUUGGAAGGCCACAGGGAUAGAUAAACCUAUUCUUACUCGGUGUGGGACGAGGAGUGUUGGAGUCAAGAAAGCCCUUGUCUUCUACAAAGGUCGCCCUCCCAAAGGAGUCAAGACGGACUGGAUCAUGCACGAGUAUAGAUUGCAUGAUACCAUGAUUUGGACUACAAAGCGAAAAGGGUCUAUGCGAUUGGACGAUUGGGUGCUAUGUCGGGUUCGAGAGAAAAGCAGGGUUCUGAUCAGGAACACUAGGGAAGAUCGAAAUGGUCCUUGUUAUGAGCCAGGUGUGCAUGAGCCAUGUUAUGUGAAUAUGAACCCUAAUCUCUUUACGGCCGUCAGAAAUUAUUUAUACAACGAUUGUCCGAUGCUGCCAUACAUCUUUGCCUCUCACGAAACUCCUUGCAUCGAUGCAAGUUCAAGCAUAAGCUUCCAAAGUAGCUAUAGUGAAAAAUCAUUAUGUCCUCUGGUCUUUGAAGACAACACAAUAUUGAAAAGAAAACUGGUUGAAGGAAAUCAACGGGAGAUUUUUGUUCCACCAAGCAAGAAGGUGAGCAGCAGGGAUAACGAAAAUGAGAAAGUCCUAAUAUCUCUGAGUGAUAGCACAGGAAUGAAAUUGUGUGGAAAAAACCAGCCUCUAGAUAACAAUUACUUCGAUGCUGAUCAAUGGAAUUCCCUUGUCCAAUACCAAGAGUUUGAUCACUUGGUAUUUACAGAAAGUGACUAA